AUCUAUUUAGCAUUUAUUAUGGAGAGUAGAAAUAUUUUAAUUGCAUGCACCGGUAGUGUGGCCACCAUCAAAAUCGGCGAAAUUAUUGAUAGAUUGUUCAACGAGGCCGCUUUUAAAUUCGAGAUCAAAGUAAUUACAACGAAAAAUGCAAAGCAUUUCAUCGACCGUAGUGAGCUACCUGUAAGUGUGCCAAUUUUGUGUGAUGAAGAUGAAUGGCAAAUAUGGUCGAAACGCGAUGAUCCCGUGUUACAUAUCGAACUUGGAAAAUGGGCUGAUGUAAUGUUAAUUGCACCGCUCGAUGCAAAUACAUUAGCUAAAAUGGCAACAGGCGUAUGUGAUAAUUUACUGUUAUGCACAACACGUGCAUGGAAUUUUGCAAAGCCAUUAUUUUUUUGUCCCGCAAUGAAUACACGAAUGUGGGAACAUCCAAUAACUGAACAACAAAUUGAAACGCUUAAACAAUGGGGCCACAUCGAAAUAAAAUGCAUUGCAAAGCGUUUAAUGUGCGGUGAUACGGGUCUUGGAGCAAUGGAAACACCAACAAAUAUUGUAAAUACGGUGGUCGAAUUUUUAAAAAGUCACAAAUAUGGGCAAAAUCAAUAAAAACAUUUUCAAUAAAGAUAA